AUGGAACCUCAGCUGGACGAAGAGCUGGCGUGGGAUACCGGAUGGACUUGCCCCUCUUGCACUUUGGUGAACGAGCUGGAGUCCAGUAGGUGCGUGGCUUGCGGCAGCCUCCGCAGCUCGCUUCCUACUUUUGGUGUGGUGGUGGUGGUUCCGCCAGAAAGGAAGCAGAAGAGAGAAGUGGACUCGCAGUGGGCUUGUCCGGCCUGCACCUUGCUGAACGACGAGGGCGAAGAUCGCUGCAGGGCCUGCGGAGGCCAGCGUUGGCUCACCAAGAAGCCGAAGACAGCAGCGGCCCUCCGCGCAGCGCGAAGGGAUUUGGCCAAGAGCGGGGCUUUGAGUCUCAAGGCUUCGAGCCUUGCGACGGAGGAGCACGGAAUCUGGGGUGGUUUGGGCCCGGAUCGCGAGUUUCUGCCGCUUCCCCCAGCUCCGGAGGGGCGCAGCGUCCACCGCUCUGCGAAAGACACGGACGUGGACAUCUUCGCCGAGCUCCUGGAGGCUUCCGAGAAGCCGAAGAGUGAGGAGGAGACUGCGAAGGAGCCGGAGCCUCUGAAGGAGGAGGAGAAGGCUUCGAAGAAGGCGGAGGAAAAGGAGGAGGAGGAGGAGCACCCUUUGUUGGGCCCUUCGAAGUCCUCCGAGCCCGUCUUGCCGGCCUGGCGAGUGCAGGGCGCGCCGCUCUUCGCCGGGGAUCCCGCGCCGGAGUCCCUUCCGCUGGGUCUCUCCGAGGCCGACGCCUUCGAAGAUGCCGUGGGCCGCCUCGCUUUGUCGGGCUUCGAAGUCACCAAGUGCCAUCUUGCUCUGGAGGCGGCGGGGGGCGACGAGCAUCUGGCGCGACGAACUGGACCUUCGGGCUGGACAGUGCCCUUCUCAGAGUGGUUUAGGUUGGAGCGGACCUCCUUGCAGUUUGAUGCAACAAAGCGGUCCCUCGACGCAGCCAAUGAGGACGGGAUCGGAUAUUGCUGCUUUACUCCCAUGGUCCUGUACAUUGCCAUGUCUGUGCCUGGUCAUAUUCAGAAUGGUUACACCACAGCAGAACAUGGAAACCCCGAGCCCGCUCUCAUCGGAGUUGCAGUGGCAAGCGACAAGUGCCGAAGCCUUGCGAACACGAUUGACCGACGUCCUCCGGGCAACUUCGGCGGAGGAGAAAAGGCUGUCGUUGUGCCAUGUCCUCCAGCGCUGUGCGAGACAAGCAUCUUAAUGUCGGAGGUGGUGCAAAUCUUCAAGCAGGGCCUCUGGCAAAUACCCCACUUGCCUGAGGAAGCGCCAGCAGAACUGCAAGGUCAUUUCACUCCAGAAGAUUACCAGUACGUGAAGGGCGAGUUAGAGCAGCUGGUACAAGGAGGUGCUCGAACUCGCCGCACUGCCCUGACCAGGGGCAUCGCCUUGGGUUUGCUGUUCUUGUCGCCCUUUGUGGUGUUUAUGGUCCUUGGCUUUCUUGAAACUGGAUUGAAUGGAUUGCCGUGGUUCGGGCUGGCGGCGCUCUGCGGCUUCUGCGGCGUUCCUUGGGGCUACUCUGCCUUGUAUGCUGCGACGGUUCCCCUGAGCAGGGCACACGGGUUUAUGGGUUUUAACUUUGGGGGGCUCCACAGUCGCUAUCCGAACAUUCAGUGGCAAUGCGUCGAAUGUCUGGAUGAGGAGAGCAAGGCAACCGUGACGGUCUUCCUAGCGACCUUCGUGGAUGCAGCCGAUCCGUGA